GACAUUUCCAAGUUUCCACAAUCAUGUCAUUAACCCUGGGUCAGAUUGUAGUUUUUGAACAAAUAUCAAGUCUGUAGAAUUAAGUUGGUGAGUUAGGGCUUUAGGCAGUAUGAAUCAACACUCUAGCAAGGCCAUUGUGCUUCACUAAAAGGCAAUAUGGGCACUCAACAUAUCUUUAGUAGAUUUUCUAGUAGUUGUUUGUGCAGAACCCUUAGGUAGUUGAACUGAUAUAUUUUUUAUUGGCUAAGCAGCCCUGGGUUUUCAAGUCAGGCUUUGUUCAAACUGUUGAAGCUAAUUUACACAAAGACUAUGGCAGUGCCUUCCUUUUAAAGAUGAUUAUGGACAUUAGUAAAUAAGAGAAGGUAUCAUGUGAGAAUGUGCACAUGGGAUCAAGAGGCUGGCUGUGUUCCUCAAUGUUUACAGUAAAGGAAAAGAGGGAUAUUGGCUCCUAUGGUUUUGAGGAUCGUUGACCUUUUAGGGCAACCUUGCCAAUGAAACGAAAGUUGAAGAAACAGGAACAUCGCUCGCUUGUGGCUUCUAAUCAGACAGAGUUCGCAUCCUCAGUAACCAAAAUUGCAGUCUCUCAAAUCUGCAAAUCAGUAGGUUUCAAGGCUGCCCAACUCUAUACACUAGAUAUUCUUACAGAUGUUGCCAUAAGAUACCUCCAAUCAGUUGCCAAAUCCGCUGCAGCAUAUGCAAAUGCUUCAAGUCGCACUCAGUCAAAUGUGUUUGACCUUAUUAGUGCCCUCAACGACGUCAACUCUGUAUCAGGUUUCCAAGGUGCUGCUUCUCUUCACAAGAACAGCGCAUCUGUGCUUGCAUCUGGAGUCUUGUGUGAUCUCAACAACUUUGUAAGGAACUCGUGUGAAAUCCCCUUUGCCAAGCCUGUUCCCAAAGGAGGUGUGGUUGAUUUGCCUUCACCCAUGAUGCAUUCUAGUGGUGGUACAAACUUCUCGAGCAUUUCUCAGGGCCUGCACAUACCAAGAUGGCUGCCACCCUUUCCUGAUACGGCUACUUUUGUAGAGAAUCAUGAGACUUCAUUUAGUCAAAGAAACCAUGGCGAGCAAUUAUGGGGAUGUAUGUCAUCAUUGGAAAAUCACAAGUCUAAUGAGCCGACAUUGGUGAAUAAGGGGCCAUCAUUGAGGGGGCUGGAGGAACGGCGUGGGAAGGUGAAGUUCACCGUUGGAAUGGGAAGAAGAGUUGGAAGUGGAAUGGAAGGGGGUUUGAGGAAGGUGAUUUGCGGCAGUGAGAAGAGGGUAUAUUGUAGGAUCAGAAGUGACGACGACGAAACUGUUAAAACAGAUGGUGGUGAUGGCAUCAAGAGAAGGAAGACUCGCAAGUCGUAAUGGUUUGUAACGAUGAAAAUUCAUUUGCUGUUGGCAUGCUAUGCCCCAAUUUUGGCCAUUCUUUUGCUCUGAAAGUUUGAAUGCUCUCAGAGAGAUGCUGGAUGUAUAGUGAACGGUGUACUCAUCUCCUAAAUGCUUGUAUUGUGUCCUGCUCUUGUUGCAGGUUAAAAUCGAGGAAAAUGGAAAAA